CAGUGGGACCGAGAAAGCAGAGUAAUAGACCAAACGCACCGCAACAAAGAAGAAACCAUGCUCGAUGGCGAAGAAGAUCAUUCACGACACCACUAGGAAGAUGUCUCAGCUGUGCCAGAAAAUCGUUCAGGUCGACGUCCGGUGGGGAUUCCUCAAAAGGGUAUCUUUCGUUGGCCACUUUUUCCGUUUCAUUUGGAACAGACUUGUUGUUUGCUCUGUCGCCGGAAGCCCAUCUCACUACCGGAAACUACCCCUCCGGGACCCCUCUUCUUCGCCGCCGGCCACCGUUGACGACGUCUUCUCCUCCGCUGCAACCACUACUGGCGGCUAUGACUCCGAUUCCGAUUUGGUGAACCUCAAGAUCAGCUUGUUGGGUGAUUGCCAUAUUGGAAAAACUACUUUUGUGAUCAAGUAUGUGGGGAAUGAGCAAGAAAAGGGAAGCUUACAGAUGGAAGGAUUGAAUCUAAUGGACAAAACUUUGUCUGUUCAAGGAGCUCGUAUUUCGUUUAGAAUAUGGGAUGUUGCAGGAGAUAAAAGGUCCCUGGAUCAAAUUCCCAUGGCUUGUAAAGAUGCGGUUGCGAUUUUGAUUAUGUUCGAUCUCACCAGUCGUUGUACACUAAAUAGUGUUGUUGGAUGGUAUAGUGAAGCAAGAAAGUGGAAUCAGAUGACAUUUAAUUUGUUCAAUUUGCAGACUGCAAUUCCAAUUCUAAUAGGAACCAAGUUUGACGAUUUUGUUAGACUUCCCCCAGAUGUGCAAUGGACAAUUGCAACACAGGCAAGGGCAUAUGCAAGGGCGAUGAAGGCAACCCUUUUCUUUUCAAGUGCAACCCACAACAUAAAUGUCAACAAAAUUUUCAAGUUUAUCAUGGCCAAGCUCUUUAACUUACCAUGGACAGUGGAACGAAAUUUGAGAGUUGGAGAACCCAUAAUUGACUUCUAAAUUGUUCUUUACACACCGAUUCGUAUGUAUAUAGCAGGACAAAGGAGAAUGAGAAAGAAAGAAAGAAAACAAGUCAAGUUUUUCAUAUUGGCUGGGACCUAUCAACAUUCACCACCUAGAUACCUAAUUUCCAUGUCUCAAUAGGCCAUUUUGACUAUACGUCUUUAGAGAGUGAGAACACUCGGUUUUUCUGUCGCUGGUAGGCUUACCCCUGUUGUGGCUGAGGUCAAAGCCCACAGGUCUUGAUAAUUUAAUUUCUACGUGCCCUGAUAAAGAAGAAGAAAUUCCAUUUCCAUAUAACUUUUGUAUGAUAGAUUUUUUUAUUCGUUAGAAAUAUACUUUUUAACACAUUUUCUUUUAUAAUUGUUCAAUAUUAAUUUCUAAGAAAUUAUAGUAUUA